AUGGACACUCCUUAUAUUCCACCGCCGGAUAGGGGUUUGGAGAUGAUUUACCGGGAUGAGGCGCUGCUGGUGGUGAAUAAACCGGCGGGCCUGCUCUCGGUGCCGGGACGGGGUGAGGAUAAGCAGGAUUGUCUGCUGAGCCGGGUGCGGUAUGAAUACCCUGAAGCUCUGAGUGUGCACCGGCUGGAUAUGAGUACCUCCGGGCUGAUGAUACUGGCACGGAGUAAGGUGCUGGAGCGGGCGCUGAGUAUCCAGUUUCAGCAGCGCAAAGUACACAAACGCUAUCUCGCCGUGGUGACGGGGCAGCCGCAGCCGGACAGGGGUGAGAUUGAUCUGCCACUGAUUACCGACUGGCCGAAUCGCCCGCGCCAGAAAGUGGAUUAUGACAUCGGCAAGCCGUCGCAGACCCGCUAUCGGGUGUUGGCAUUUGAUGCAGCGAAUCAUUGCAGCCGGGUUGAGCUGGAACCGGUGACCGGGCGUUCACACCAGUUGCGGGUACACAUGAUGGCGCGGGGACAUGCCAUUCUGGGCGAUGAGCUCUACGCCACGCCAGCGGUUUAUGCUCAGGCGGACAGACUGCUGCUGCAUGCACAGGCACUGCGUUUUACACAUCCGGUGACGGGUGAGGUGUUGUCACUGGCGAGUGAUGUGCCGUUUUGA